AUAAGUGACUUGCCAGAUCUCAUUACGACUCAUCUCACUAUUUAAGAUUUUUUUCUUAUCCUACAUCAUCCCUUUUUCGCUUUUCUCCCCACCCACUUUAAAUAUCAUCAAAAUGUCUGCUCCUACUCUUGUCGUCGGUGUCCUUGCUUUACAAGGUGCCUUUGUCGAACAUAUCCAUAUGUUGAACAGAAUUCCCGAGGUCAAGGAAGCAAUUCCUGUGCGUACCGAAGAACAAUUAAACUCUGUUGAUUGUUUGAUUAUCCCUGGUGGUGAGUCCACUGCUAUGGCACUUAUCGCCGAGCGUUGCAACAUGUUGGAACCUCUUCGUGCUUUUGUGCAGACAAAGCCUACUUGGGGAACCUGUGCAGGUAUGAUCAUGUUGGCUAAAGAAGCUACGGGAGCCAAGAAGGGAGGACAGCAAUUAUUUAAUGGGUUGGAUGUUUGUGUGAACCGUAACCAAUUUGGUACGCAAAAGGAAAGUUUCCAGACCAUGUUGCAUUUACCAGAGAUUUUGGGUGAUGAACCCUUUGCUGCGGUUUUUAUCCGUGCCCCUGUUAUCUCUGAAAUUAGAUCACCCAAAGUGAAGAUUGUGGGUAGAUUGGAACAAAAGCAUGGUCAGACUGAAGCUGAAACAGCUGUUGCUGUUCUUCAAGAUCAUCUUUUCGCCACUGCUUUCCAUCCUGAAUUAACAAGCGAUAACCGUCUUCAUCAAUUUUUUGUUAACAUGUCUUUGGGUUACAAGAAUAACUAAGAAUGGCCUUUUUUUUUAUAACUUUUCGCAAUACCCUUGAUUUUCCCUCGACACUCCCCCCGCUUGAUGUAUAUUAUGAAAUAUUAAAAAAAGAGAGAAAUUAGAUGUUUAUAAAUAUAUAGAAAAAACUGCAUGAUUAAAAAAAAAUAAAAAUUAUUUAUGGUUUCCAAUUUUGUCGA